GGAUGAUUAGCAUUGAUUGGCGUAUGAACAAAGGUUAUAAAAGAGGUUAAAAAAAAUCUUGAUCGGAGGGAGUUUUGCGCUGCUCUCGUAAAGUGCACGUCUACGAUCACACUUCUUUAACUUCUUCACUUUUCACGUUUAAAGUAUUUUGGUGAAUAAUAUCUUGUGCAGUGUCUUUCUGGCCCUGGCUCCAGGCAAAAGAUGGAAGACAUGAACAACCCUUCACACUCAAUGGGAGUUGGGCAACAAAACCAGCAAAUACCUACCCACACAAGACCCUUUUUCUAUGUUCAACCACCAUCUCAUCCACCAUCUCAUCCACCUUAUAUGUAUCAAUGGAAUAUGAGUCCGUAUGGCCAGUACAUUCUUCCUCCCUCAGGCUUGCCCAGUAUGCGCCCCUACAUGACCCCGUACCCCUACAUGCAGUAUCCUGGGUACGUCAUACCCCAGGCACCUUUUCAGCCUAUGGAGUACAGAAGGAUGUAUGAACCCCAGUUCCCCCAGUCUGCCGCCACCUACAGCGUCAGCUCCCAUCAGCAGUACCAGCAGUACCAGCAGUACCAGCAGAGACGCGUCCGCAGAGAGAUGACAAGUUCUGAGAUGCAAACCGAGCCCAGUUCCGACCCAGUUCACCCGCUGAUUGACAGCUUGGUGGGGCUGAAGGCUGGAGGUGGACCGGCUGGAGGAAAGGAGCCAGGGGCUACAAAGCAGGACGCUGGGGUCUCUGAGAUGGUGACCCCUUCCUCAGGUUUUAAGGAAGAGGACAGGAAGCGGGAGCACACACCCAUGGCACAGAGGAUACUGUCAGCCAAUAGGAGCCAGAGGAGAGAGUCACAGGCCGGCAUGUUUAGCGACCAAACGAUGGCAAUAUAUAACAGUGUGUCCAGGCAGAGUCUUCUGUGGAAGAGGACCCCAAAUGACACGUGGUCCGUGGGUUCAGGGGUCACAGUGCUGCCCCAAGACUCUUCCUCCAUCUAUGACAAGGACCAGACGGAAGAGGAGGAAGAGGAGGAGGAGGAGGCGGCGGCGGCGGCUGAAGAAAUAGCUUUUCUGUCCUCUGCUCUUCCUCGCUGCUCUUCACAAACUUUCCCUGUAGCCAGAAUCGACACCCAGGGUCCGAGACGACCUAGGCUUGAGAACCAGAGCAGGAGCAAACACCCAGACCUGUCUCCAGAGGAGCCAGGUGUCUGUGGGUUUCCCCUCCACUCCCUGGUCCUGAAAGAGGGCUCACCUGGAGAUUUCUUAUCACAGGGUCUUGACCCGCCAGACCCUGGCAACGAGGUUCACAUCUUGUACCAGCCGGUCUCAGCAGAGCUGAACAACACUGUUGGAAAGGUGGUGGUGGAGCUUUCUCCUCGAAUCCUCAGGUUGCCCUGCGACAAGGUCACCACAGGCAUGCUGGAGAGAGACGGUCCCCUGUGGUACGAGGACUCAUCCCUGGUUCCCCCUGGAGAUUACCUGUCCUCUGUCAGGGACGAGGGAGAUCCUGGUGCUGGGGGGGCCUUCUACCACAGCUACUACCCUCCCGUGUGCCCAGACCGCCAGAGUGUCCUCAGCCCCUCCCUGGACGAGCUCUCCUCCAGGGAUGAGCUCUUCUCCACAGACGUAGAGGACCAAGACCUCGUCCCCGUGCGCCUCUUAAUAGGCGGCAAGAUGGCCACCGACACCUUGUCGACGUACGUUGGCGGCGGAGACCAGCCUGACCACGCCAGCGAGGAGAAUGUGCCGGCGAAGUCUCCUGACGCCACGGGGUGUGAGCAGUGUCUGGAGCGAUGUGCGGCUUGUGGUACGAGCCUGGAGGAGAAGGUGGGGAGGCAGGGCAGAGGAGCAUGGUAUUUUGAGUACGCGGAGGGAGAAGACAGUGACGAAGAGGAGGGAGGGGAUGAGGACGAGUGGGAGGGGCUUUCAGAGCUCUGUCCAAUCGCAGUGUCAGGCAGACGACCCCAGCUUCCCUCCACGCAGAGUCAGGGAGGGGCUUACCGUUGCUGCCCGCCCCCAAGGAGAAGCGGAAGAAGAGGCUGCUAUGACGGCUAUGGGGAAAUGGGAGACGGAGACCAGGGGCUUGGGCACGGUGGGCACCCCUGCAACCAGGACUGCUACAGGGCUGUCCCCAUGAGCAAAGCUGACAAAUAUAAAGGAAGAGGACCGAGGAAUGGCCCAUCGAGGCCUUGUAACGACAGGCCCACGAGGGAGGGUGCAGUGACGUCCGAUCAGGAGAGCUGGGGUAGUGGCAAACACAGGCCACAGUCUUGGAAGCCGUACAAUGGCAGGCAAGAGCCAGCGAGAGCCCCUCGUCGGAGGCCUGCCUGCAGGGCGUCUGACCAGCAGAGGCACAGGAGGACGGCGUACGAGGACUGUGAGGAGGCUGAGCUCCCUAGCUGCACCCGGGGUAGAGGGUCCACAAAAAGAAGAGGCACGAGAUAUCAACCAAAUGUAUAAUUUGCACACUAAUACAUUUGUUCUAAAUGUAUUACCUAAUGUAUACCUUUAAAUUCACUUAUACCCACAUUAUGAAAUGUACACAAAGCAUGUUGAAAUUAAUAUACAAUGUAUAUGCAUUGGUAUGAAAGGAGGUGGUAGGUAGGACUGUAGUGAAAGGGUUUCUACAUGCAGACUUCCUGCGUUUCUACUGCUCGAUUCCAGGGACGCUGGAGGCUGUGUUCAGGAUGAGACACUGCCAGGGAUGCGCUGCAAUACUGUAAUUGGCUUCCUACGCCCAUAUUGUGCCAGCUGUCAAUGGAUGGCUAGAAGCUUCCUUGAGGUGAUGAGGAUGGGACACGUACAGUAUUGAGACCUGUCCCUGGAUGGCUGUCUGCGUCACCCUGACUCCUCCCCUAGCUGUCCUGCAGGGGGGAAGGGUGGGCUGAGGUGUCGCCCAGUCC